GAAGGGGAGUGGAGGCACGAGGCUGCGGGGGCCAAAGUCCCCUCGAUGGCAGCCCGGGCGCGCGCGCUGUCGCGGUGGCCGCGGGCCCCGAUGCCGUUCCAGUUCCUGCUCCUGCUGGCGGCCGGCGGGGCGCGCGCGCGGUGGCGCGGGGAGGGCACCAGCCCGCACCUGCGCGACAUCUUCCUGGGCCGCUGCGCCGAGUACCGCGCGCUGCUGAGCCCCGAGCUGCGGGACAAGAACUGCACAGCCAUCUGGGAAGCUUUUAAUGGAGUGCUGGACAAGGAUCCCUGUAAUGUGCUUCCCUCGGACUAUGACCUUUUUAUUAACCUCUCCAGGCACUCUAUUCCUAGAGACAAGUCCCUGUUCUGGGAAAAUAACCACCUCCUUGUUACUAGCUAUUCACAAAACACUCGUCGCUUUACGCCCCUGAAUGAUGUUCUGUAUGGCAGAGUUGGAGAUUUUUUGAGUUGGUGUCGACAGGAAAAUGCCUCUGGACUGGAUUACCAAUCCUGCCCUACAGCAGAAGAUUGUGAAAACAAUGCUGUGGAUUCCUUUUGGAAAAGGGCAUCCGUGCAGUAUUCAAAGGACAGUUCUGGGGUGAUCCACGUCAUGCUGAACGGUUCAGAACCAACAGGAGCCUAUCCCGUCAAAGGUUUUUUUGCAGAUUUUGAAAUUCCAAACUUCCAGAAGGAUAAAAUUACAUGGAUUGAGAUCUGGGUUAUGCAUGAGAUUGGGGGACCCAUUGUGGAAUCCUGCGGAGAAGGCAGUGUGAAAAUCCUGGAAGAGAGGCUGGAGAAAAUGGGGUUCCAGUACAGCUGUAUUAAUGAUCACUUACCAGUGAAGCUCUUAAAGUGUGUGGACCAUAGCACUCAUCCUGGCUGUGCCUUAAAUUCGGCAGCAGCGUCUACUCAAAGAGAAGUCCCAUCACUCUAUGCAGACCAAAGCGCCGGCCUUAUCAUUCCUCUCUUCCUGGCUCUGGCCUCAGGUACUCACAUGUAACUGCGUUCAGGUGUGCUGUUCUAACCAGCCUCUGCCCUGCAACCUGCCCUU